GUGGCCCGCGGCACCAUGGCGCUGGGUCUCCUGCUCUGCACUGCUUGGUAUUACACCAUACUAUCUGGCUUCUUCAUUCUUUACUGUCCUGUUAUGUACCUGAUGUUUGUUAGUCAUAGAAUAUAUAGAAAAUUGGUUGAUAUAUUGUUUUCUUUGUGGGAACUGUAUCCAGUGGCCCUGUUUCAAUGCUGCUUUAAUACGCAGUUACAUCAUUUUGGGGAUUUCGUGAAUCCAGAUGAAAAGACCAUAAUUGUGAUGAACCAUCGGACAAGGGUUGACUGGAACUAUGUAUGGAUUGCUCUCUAUCACGCUACCCAAAAUCCUGCCGGUGAAAUAUGUAGCUGCAAACAAACAGUUGAAGAUAGCAGGGAACCAAGUGGUGUCUUAGACGUUUUAGGGAAGUCUAAAAUUAAGUUUGUAUUAAAAGAUGAAAUCAAAACUAUUCCGGGCAUGGGUUGGAUAAUGCAGCUAAACUUUUUUUUGUACGUGAAAAGAAAUUGGCGAGAGGACCAAGUUAAUCUAUCUCAGUUCGCUGAUUACUAUUCGAAGCUCAACUAUGACUACAGGCUUGUUUUGUUCCCUGAAGGGACGGAUUUGAGUGACGAAAAUCGGCGACGCAGCGCAAACUUUGCUUCUGCUAACAAUUUGCAGAACUACAAAUUCGUGUUGCAUCCGCGGACCACGGGUUGGGUUGCCUUAUGUUCCCGUCUGCGAGAGUCUGGUCUGGCCUCGGUCUACGACAUCACCAUCGCUUACGAUAAACCAGCUCAAACUGAAAUGGAUUUGUUGCGAGGGAAAAUCCCUACGCACGUGUACUUCUACUGCAAACGAUAUUCUAUAAACAAACUUCCUAAAGAUGAUACAGACCUAAAAAUCUGGCUCAAUGACCGCUGGCGGGAAAAAGAACAAACUCUUUUCAAAUUCCACAAUGAAGGUCACUUCGUUGAUCUAGAAUCCAAUAGGGCACCGCAAUACCGAACUCCAAGGUCUCUGUUUGUGGCAAAAAUAGGAUUCAUUUUCUGGACAGCAAUCGACGUACUAUUCCUAUACUCGUUGGUCAAUAGCGUGUUAUUCCAAUUUUGGGUCAUUUAUCACUGUUUGUUAUUUAUUUUUAUAACUUGGUAUUUUGGGGGAUUCCAUAAUAUUCAAUACAAACUUCUUGAAAAAUCUUUAGUGUAGUCAAUGAUUUAGAAGUAGGU